CAAAAAUUCAGCAAAAUUCCAGAUAGAUCACUUUUCCAUAAGAAAUGUGUGGGGUCCUUUGUUUGUAGAUUCCGAAAGUCGUAUACAGAAAGGUUUUCGUGAUGGUUUUUUGACGUGUUGGAACAGACGUAUUUUAUGGCGUAGCGUAGAUAAAAAAUGGAUAGCUUAUUUUUUUCGAUUUUUUUUUUCAAUAUUAAUUUUUUAGAGCCAUUUUUUAUUUGAUGUGUGAUUUUUCGUUUAUGUUUGAUGCGAGGUUUGUUGUGUUUAAUGAGUAAAAUAUUUUUCACAAGCGAGAUACAAACUAAAUAACUAUAAAGGAUGAUUUAGGUAGCCCGUGCAUUAGCUUGCAGGUGGGGUCAUAUUAGAGACGAGGCCGAAAAAUACAAUAUUGUAGUUGAAGGUUUCUUUUCAGAUGGGGAUUCUCGUUGUUUAAAAGCUAUGAAAAUAAUGGCAGGCCUACCCGCUUCCUCCAACGAGGAAACGCCCUACUCACCCUACUUUCAGGCAAAUUUUUCUACAAGUAAUCCAGUGGCAAUUCAAGAUACUGUACAUAUUGGCACUAAAAUCAAAAAUAGAUUAUUGAAUCCCAAUAUUGCUUUGAAGAUGGAAAAUUACGAAGUAUCCAAAGAUCAUUUGAAUCAUGUUAUUGAUAAUGUUUCAAAAGAUAAACAUUUAUUGUGCUCUAGUGAUUUGGACAGCGAGACAUUUGUCUUCCCUCGAGAAAAAAAUAAGAGACUGGGCACAAAUUUAAGAAAUAGGGAAACAAAUAUUCCAACCACUGAAGAAAUUCAUAAGAUGAUAUUAAAGGCACGAGAUCACGCAGUUGGUGACUGUAAUUCACUUGGAAUGCAUUUGGUGGAAAAUCAAUUGGAAGCAGAAUUAAUGGAAGUGUCUAUACCAAAAUUGGAUACCUUUGAUAAUGACCCUGAAGAAAACUAUUUGACAAAUAACUGUACUGUGACUGAGACUGUGGCAUCAGAAGAUGAACUGGAUGUCUUACAAGCAAAUGAAGAGGACGUAGGAGAUAUAGACCAAGAUGCUCUAAAAGAUUUAAAUGAACUGAAUAUCAAAGAUUUCAGUGGAAAUAAAACUGAAAAGGACAAAUAUGUACUUCGCAUUAAAACCAAUGUCAAGGAAAUGAUAGUUAAAAAAUCCACUUUGUGUUGGUUAUUUUUCAAAAAAAAAGGCCACUUGUCUAGUGAUAGAUUAAUGCGAUGCAAAAGUAUGGGCGGAAGCAAGGUCUCCAAAAGAUAUAUAAAUACGAGCUUAAACUAUACAAAAUCCUCGAGAAAAUCUCUAAAAAAAUUAGGUAAAAAAACCGAGAAAACCUUCAAGAAAACUGAUGAAAAGCUGAAGAUUCAAAAGAGAAGAAAUGAAAACGACUCAGAUUCUGAAACCUCAAUAAGCGAUACUUAUUCUCUGCAAAGUGAAUUUGAAGAAGAGAGUUUCUCUGAAAAUGAAGAUUGUGGUAGUCAAAAAGAACAAAAAUGGCAUGCCUCGUGGCAUACUAAUAAGUGUACACCUCCAAGAGUGGAUGAUAUUGUAGCUCUAUGA